AUGUUUUCGCCCAUCAAACGCUAUCAUGAUGAACAACAGCGUGUACAGAAGAAAACUUUCACUAAUUGGGUCAAUGCACAUUUGCAAAAGUUACCACAACCAAUACGUAUUGAUGAUCUAUUCAAGGAUAUUGGAGAUGGAAUUACACUUAUCCGUCUUCUUGAAGUACUGUCAAGUGAAAAAUUGCAAAUUGAAAAUCCUCGCACUCUUCAAAGAGCUCAUAAACUUAGUAAUGUUCGUAAUGCUUUGGACUAUUUAGAAAAAAAAUGUAAAAUAAAACUUGUAAAUAUCAAUCCAUCUGAUGUGGUCGAUGGAAAGCCAGCUAUUGUUUUGGGUCUUAUCUGGUCAAUUAUACUAUUUUUCCAGAUUCAAGGUCAACAGAAAAUUUUAAAGCAUGCCUUAAAAUCUAGUCGUAAAAGUCUAUCCAAAUCAAUUGAUUCUGAUACAAAUAGUAUCCAGUCUGAAGAUAUCAGCUUAUCUGAACAAACAGAUAGCGCUAAACAUGGAACAGGUUCUAGAACUCGACAGACUUUAUUGAACUGGGUGGAACAGUCAUUUCGAUCGCAUAAAUCGACGCUUGAAAUUAGAGUAACAGACUUUGGUUCGUGUUGGCGUGAUGGUAAAGCAUUCUGUGCUCUGGUGCAUAAUAUCAAUCCAAGUCUUGUGGAUAUGGAAGACGUUAAAUAUCGUAAAAGUCGAGAAAAUUUGGAAUAUGCUUUUAAUGUGGCAGAACAAAGACUUGGUAUACCAAGAUUAUUAGAUGCAGAAGAUGUUGAUGUAGAUAAACCAGAUGAACGUUCAAUUAUCACUUAUGUAGCACAGUUUAUUUUGGCUGCCAAUUCAAAUCCACCUAAGGGUAAUGUUGAAAAAACAGAAGCUGAAAAAGAACGAGUUCUUCUAAUCAAUAUCAAAGAGUUAAUCGCUCGUGUUCGACAUAAUCCAAUUGAUUCACAAGAUUUUAUUACCGAAUUCGAGUGUUUUCUUCAAGCUCAACUUGAACAUGAAAACAUGGCCGCAUAUAUUAGAGAACUGGAUGAAAGAAAACGUCAAGGUUUAUUGCUUGGUUUACGUCCUGAAGAAUUAGAACGUGCUGAGGCUGAAUGGAGUCGAGUGAAACCGGAGUUGGAUGAAUGGAGGUGGCGAUUAGAUAAUGUACUACCGGGUGAAUGGCGUAAAGUUGGCCAAAUGUUAUCAAAAUUAGAGAAAUGUCUUAUUACUGAUGCACUUGUAGCCUCACAACUUGGCCUUGAAUUAGCACCAGAAGCGAAAAAUUUAACUGUGGAAGAACGUGAAGAACGUCUACGUAAUUGUUUGAAUGAACAUGAGGAUACUUUCAAGGAUAUCGAUGAUCUAGAAAGUCUGCUUUUUCGAUUAACUGAAGAAAAUCAAAAAUUGAUUGUAGCAGCUGAAAAUGCAAGUCAAGAAGUUUUGGCUACCUUACCUGUUCGUUUACCCCAGAAUAUUGUGAAUUCAUUGAAAUCACGUUUUAUCACAGCAUAUUUAGAUGGACAAUUAGCGAAACGACGCUUGGAACGCUUAACUUUACGCUGGGAUUUAGCGAAUAAAAUGACUACAAUACGUGAUCGUUUUGUAGAAUGGCAAGCAUUCAAGUGCAAAGAAAAAGUUGAAGUAGACUCCUGUAUAAAUAACAUUAAAGAAUACUUGACAUCCAUAAAUAUGCCUGAAGAUAUGGAAAAAGGCAUAGAACAACUCAAAGGAUUAACAUCUGAAAGAGAUGAUAUCGCUUGCCAGAUUACUGAACAACGUGAGAAAAUGGGAAUAAAAAUGAAUUCUACUGAUUCUGUAACUCAGCAGGCUUCCGUCAGUACUGGAGGAGGAGCUUUUAUUCUAAUGGAUUAUGCUGAAACAGAACGUAAAGAGAUCAACUUUUUCUUAGCCUCAUUAAAUACGCGUUGGAAAGACACCUGGUCAGAUGUGUUGAAUCUUCAAACACAUUUAGGUGAACUUUGCUUAAAAUGGGAUCUAUAUGAAACGGAAAAAAUGAAUUUAACUAAUUGGUUAACAGAUGUAAAAAAAUUACUAGCUAAUGAAUCGACCAGUUCUGAAGAACGUGAACGAUUGUAUAAUGAAUUAAAAGAAUGGCGUACACGUGUUUCAGCAUUAAAUGAUCUUGGACAUGAAUUAAUGCAUACAUGUGAUAUGACAGCAAUCUCUACAUUGGAUAGUGAAUUAGAGAAUAUGAAUAAAACAUGGACUGAAGUCACUUCUGAAGUUAUCAAAUUUGUCGAUUUAGAUCAUGCUGAAGAAUUGAAAAAUCGUCAAUCACAAGCAAUGCUUAGAAUGAAUGCAGCUAUUAGAGCAGCUGAACGUUUAUUAACAUCUGAUUUUGUUCUCCCUGAGACAACUGAUUUAGAUCAAGCUCAUGAAGCUACAGCAGAUUAUCGUAAACAACUAGAAGAGGCACGUAAUCAACUACUCGAAAAAGCUAGAACUGAUUAUAUGGAAGCCUUAAAAGCCGCUGAAGAAUUAAUGGAAGCUGCGAAAGCUGGCCAAGCUGAUAUGGCUCAGGCUGAAGCAAUGAUGGCUGCUGUUCAGGCUAUGGGUAAACGUUUAAACAAAUUAGCUUAUGAAGAUGUUCAAUCACGAUUGGAUGAAGUGGAGGCAGCUACAAAAAAAGCUGUUGACUUAGCGCUUCAGUUAGCUCCAAUUAAUGAUUGGGUACAAGAUAGUGAAGUUCCAGAAGAUAUACUAAAUUGUGGAUUAAUUGAAAAUAACCUAGAUCUCAGCAACUUGACCACAGAUGAAGCUAUGUCCAGGUUGAAGAGUCAUUUUACAGCUCUUGGGGAACAUGAAAAAGCUCUGAUCGAAGCUGAGAAACGACUGCAUGACUUGAAGGAAUGCGGUUUAAAGCAUAUUGACAUUAGUCAGUUAGAAUUGGCUACAGCUGAAGCUCGUCGUAAAGUUGAGGCUAUGCGUAAUGUGGCCAAAUGUUAUGAACAGGAAUUGGAUAAGCGUAAAUUGGCUGAGCAAUCUUUUUCAUACGCUCUAACAAACCUUUCUGACUGGCUAAAUGAAGCAGAACGCUUAUUUCUUAUGGAUCAAACUUUUGAAUUCGAGGAACAAUUGGCUAGUACAGAAGUGAUCCAAGAAAAGUUGACAGCACAUGAAGAAUUUCUUCGGAAGACACAAACAGCUGGUCAAGCUUGUCUAAUUGAAUUGAAUAGAACUUAUGAUAAAAUUGUGGAAUUAUUUACAGUCAAUACAGAUGAGAUGAUAGAAAAUUCUGCAUCCACAUGUAUUCAGUCAGAUGAAGUUAGUAUGAAUGUGAUUUUAGACGCAUCAAAUCAGGUGACUAUAUUUCGCGAUCGGUUCAAUGAACUUAUGAAUAAAGCUAACCGCCGACAAUAUGAGUUGAAGUAUGCAUUGUUAGAAGCUCGUCUUCGUGAACACUUGGAACAUACAAGUAAACUGCUAAAUGAUGAAGAAACUCGCAUGUCAUCUGGUGAAGAUUUGGCUAGCAUACUGGCUGAUCAUGAGGCUGCAUUUAACAAUUCUCAAUUUAACACUAUCUGUGAAGAUUUACUGCGUGAAAUGCGUGAACUAGAUGAACAAAUGAGUUAUUUAUUUCACAAUGAUUCAAAUAGCUAUGGUAAACGGACAACACAAUUACAACAUGAGUAUAAUUUAUUAACUGAACGUGUUGGUAAACUGUCUAUCAGACUACGUAAUCUACCUGAACAGUGGGCUGAAUUCGAUGACAAGUUAAAUCAUCUAUUGGAUUGGACAAAUGAAGUGGAGAAAUUGUUUACACACCUACAAAGUGAUCCAACUGGUAACACGAUUACAGAUGAAAAGACAGCUGUUGAAUUGGCUACACGUUAUCGUGCUAUGUUGUCAAGAUUUGAGGAAAUGACUGGUAUGGUCGGAGAACAGAAUGCUUUAGGUGAUAAAUUGAAUUUAAUGCUAAUUGAAUUAUCAUUGGAUGGUGGUAUUUCGUCUCCAGACUUGGCAGCUAAACGAGCUGCGUUAGCAACAGCCUUAGGUGCAUUGAGAGACUUGAGUGGUGAGAUUGACUCACUUUUAGUUAGAGCUCCACUAAUCGCUGAAACGCUGGAAUUUCGUGCCAAUGCUGUAACAGAACGUAAAAAAGCUAUGGUUGUUCAAGCUAUAAAACGUUUACUUGCUGAACGUGAAGCUAUGGUAGCUCGACUAGCUGAAGAAAGAGAUGCAAGUCUAUUGGCAAUGAUUCAACGUGGUAUGAGUGUGAAAGCUGGUGAAAUGUUGGACUGGAUUGAACCAUCUCAAACGGAAUUGAAAGCUACAUGGGCUGAAGUGGAUAAAGUUGCUGAAACAGGAUUAAGAAGUUUACGUCAAACUGCAGAAGCAUUUGAAGCUUUUGAAGAGCAUAAACAACGUUUAACUAAUCUAUUGACUGGUACAAAACACUUGAUCAAUGGACAUGCAAGUGCAGCUGCUGCAGCUGCUUUCGCUUUAGCAUUGGCUGGUAAAGAUGGUACAAUGGAUAUUGAUAAUGUCACCAAUACACUGCAGAUUGAUGAUGAAAAGAAACAAUGGGCGAAUGCUUCACUUGCUUCUGGAAUUGCUGGUAUUGUUGCUGCAAGUGUUGAAGAGGCAACUAAAGCAGGUCAAGAAGCUGUUCGUGUUCAAGCUGAAGCUGUUGCAGCUCAACUAGAUGCAUUGAAUAAAGCUGAAUCUGAUUUAAAAGCAUUGAGAGCUGCAGCUGAAACUAUGAAAAUGCGAUCAACUCCUGAACGAGCUGCUGAACUUGAUGCAACAAUUCAACGCUUAGAAGCUCAACUAUCUACAGCUAAACAAGAGUUAAGCUCAAAAUUAGCUAAUCUACGCGCUGCUGAUGGUAGAUGGGAAGUAUUCUAUACUAGUACAAGUGAAGUUGACAAAUUACUGAAUAUAGCAGAAUCAAAUUUAUCAAAUGUAACAAGUGUACAACCGUUAGCUAGAGGAAAUCUUAAUCCAUCAGAAUUAGGUUCAGCUGAAUCAUCAGCUAAAGCAGCAGCAGCAGAAUUAGCCUUAUGGACUGCAUCAGUUAAUAAUCAUAUGAAAGAACUUCAAUCAUCUGCUCAACGAUUAACAAGUAUUCAAUCAAUUUUUCAAGAACUUACUCAUAUUUCACCUUUAAAUUCUUCUGAUCAAAUAGUGAAUACAUCUAAUGAAGUAUUAAUGAGUUCAGAAAUUAUUAAAGCACAAAAUAGAAUUAUUUGUUUAUGUAGAAGGCAAAAAGCUUUACAAACUGCAUUCACUACACAUUCUGAAUCAUUAGCUACAUUAAAAGAUUAUCUAUCACGUUAUCUUAAUCUUGUACCUGGUAUAGAUGCACAUAUAACAGAAAUUGAAAAUAUCGCUGAAUCAUUAACUCGUACAUCACCAAUUGAAUCAAUAAAAAAUUUAGAAAUAUUGCGUGAAAUGCAUAAUACUCGUCAAACUAUACAUAAUACAAAAUUUACUGAAGAUCGUAAUCAACUCCUUUGGUUGGCUGCUAAUUUAACCAGUUGGUCUCAUUUGAAAGAAGCCAAUGAAGCAUUGCAAACACGUUGGGAGAGUAUCAAUUAUUGGUUGAUUGAAGAAUCUCAAUAUCUGGAUGAUUUAUACAAUUUAUGGUCAGUAUGGAAUAAAGAAUCAGAACAAUUUGAAACACAAUUAACUAAUAUAGAGAAAGAAGUUGAUCAAGAAUUGAAUAAUAUUAUUGAAAUAAUAAAUCAAAAAGUGAAAGAAUCCACUGAUCCAUCUUCUUCAUCGUCAAAUAAUUUAGAUUUGGAUUCAAGAGUUAAUAAAAUUUCCACUUAUCAAGAUCGUAUUCUAAGUGCAGAAUCAUAUUGGAAGGCAUUCAGUUUUAAAACUGAAAAAUUGCUAAAACAACUACUUGGACAGAGUCAAAUUCAAUGUCGUACAAUAUUAUCGAUAGAUGAAACAAAGUCAAUUAAGUCAACUAGUAAACUUUCCACAUCUAAUAAUUCACAGUUUACUAAUGUUGCCAUCAGUCCACAUAGUAUUGCAACUAGACAUAGAGAAUUAGAAGAACGCUUGAAACGUGUUAAAUUACAAUGUGAAAAAUUGAAUAAUGAAUUAGAAAAUCAAUUAGAUGCUCGUGAUCAUUUGUUCCGUGAUACUGAUCGACUUGCUCAAUGGGUUAUGUCAGCUGAAAAACGUUUAACAAAGUUGACACGUGUAUGGGUUGCUGCAAGACCACCACUUUUAAGUAAUAAAUCCUACGGUAUACUGAAUAAGCCAUCAUCAAUAAUGAAGCAAAGAAAUGAUCAAAUUGAAACGGAUAAACAACAAUUGAUUGGUGUUGAUUUAACAGAAGCCUAUGAACAGUUAAAAGCAUUACUGACAGAAGCUCGUGGUCCACGAAUGUCAGCUGUCAAAGAAUUAGCCUGUCAAAUUGAAGGUGAAGAUGUUGAUUUAACUGAAUUAUCCAGUAGAGCAAGUAGUAGUAAUAGUCGUCCAGAUAGUAAUCGACCUGGAAGUAAUAGUAGUCGACCAGCUAGUGGUCGAUCACGUAACCGACGUUCCGUAUCAUUUGAUCUAUUAGGCAAAGAAGGCAGUUUUGAUUCAACUACAGAUGAAUUAAAUCGUCAAUUACAUGAUCGAUUAAUUCGUUUAUUAGGAAAAUUAAAUCGAUUAAUUCAUCGUCUUGAUCAACGUACUAUACUUUGUCGUUUAACUAUUGAAUAUGAAUAUUGUCGUCAAGGUUGGAUACAAGAGAUUAAUGCAUUAAAUUCACGUUUAAAAACAUUUACAAAUAAUUCAGUUGUUGUUGAAUUAAAUUUAGACAAGAAAAAAAAUAUUCAUUGGAAAAAUCUGGUGAUGAUGAUUAAUACUACUACUACUACUACUACUACUACUACUACUAAGGCGACCACACAUGAUGAUGAUAAGUCAGUUGAUCCACUUAGAAUUGCUACAGACGAUGGUGAACGUAUUCUAUCAUGUGAACAAACAACACCAUCUGGUAUUGCUUAUCAAUCAGAAUAUAAUUAUUUAAAGUUAGAAAUUGAUAAAUUAAAAGAUUUAAUCAAUAAAUGGCAAGUAACCCUUAAUUUUACUCAAUUUGAUAAUAUUGAAAAUGGUUUUGAUGAAACAUUGAUUACUUCUAAUAUAGUUGGACCGAAAGAAGUGGAUGUAGCUGCUGUUUCAACUGGUUUAAUGUUUGUUACUAAUGUGGAUUCAAAUUGGUCAUUUAGUUCAGGAGUUUCAUCAACAACUGGUAUUUCUAUUUCUACAUCUACUACUGGUACUACUUCGACUAAUUUUGAUCAAAUUGCAACUUUACAAGUGGAACCAUUUAGUUUUUUUGUAGAUAUUGCUAGGUUAUCAUCAGAAUGUGAUAAAUUACACGGUAAACUUAAAGCUAAUCUUCUUCAUGUAAUUGGUAUCUGUGAAAAUUGGCAACAAUUGAUUGAAGGUCGUGAUCGAUUAUUAGAUCAAGUGAAAGAUUUAGAAAAUCGAUCUAUAGAAGCAUGUUAUACUACUAGUUGUUUAGGUGAUCCAUCAAAAACAGAUAAAGCUGUCGGGAUUCGAUUAAUUCGUUUAGGUAAUCAAUUAAUAAAUUGGCAAAAUGAAUUAAAUACAAUAAGUGAUGAUAAUAAUAAUAAUAAUAUUUCACAGAAUAAUGAUCAUGAUAUUGUAUCGGAUAGAACAAAUCUACCAAGUGAAGCUGUUGUUAUUAUUCAACGAUUAAAUGAUCUACGACGUGCAGGUGAUCGAAUUGUAAGCUUAACUCCAGCUCGUGGAAUAAAUGUGGAUAGUUUAUAUAAUACUACAAUUCAAACAAUUCGUUUAUGUGCUAUUCAUUUAGGUGAAAUUGGUCGACAGAGUAUUUCAUUAUCUUAUGCUUUAUCAAAACGUGAAGAAUGCUUAAAUCAGAUAAAACAAUUUCUAAAUGAAAUAGAAAAACAAAGUGGUCUUAUUCCAAUUAAUGAUUAUCAAUCAAUUUUUGGUAAUUUAUUUAAUGAAAAUCAACAAAUUACUACAGAAAUACAAUCAAAUGAACAAAUCAAUAAAUCAAUUAUAAAACAACCUAUCCCAGAAGAAAUUAUAUCUCAAUUAACAACUUAUGAAUAUAUGGAUAUAUGUAGAUUAUUAAGUGUAGAUAGUGUAAAUGAAAUAGAUCAAAAAUUAUUGCCUAUUCAAAUUGCUUUAGAUUCAUUAUUGAGUAAACAAGAUACACUUUUUCUUCAAUUACAUCAAUCAUGCUCAAUUGCUUUACAAACUUUUCAUGAUUUUCAUAUAGAUAUGUGUAAAUAUGAAAGAAAAAUAUCCCUUACAGAUAAAGAUAAAAAAGAACAACAACAAUCAUCAUCAUUAUCGGAAAAUUCUUUUAAAUUAGAUCCAUUCCGUGAUUCUGUAAUUAAUCGUUGGCAAAGAUUACGAUUUCUAAUGGAGACUGCUAUUCAACAAUUAUCUAUUAGACGUGGUGCUUUUAUGUACAUUGAAAAAGGCUUCAAUGAAUUAGAAUCUUGGCUAGGACCUACAGAAUCGAUUCUAGAAACAUGUAGUUCUCAGUUAGCAGCAAGUGCAGCAGCUACAGCUAUUCUCUUACCUUUAAAUAUUCCUUCACAACUUCCUACUGAAGAAGAAUUAGAUUUUUCAGAAAAUCCUCAAGCAAUUCUUGAUACAUAUACAACUGAAAUUGUAUAUUACUCAAGUUUAUUAAAUAGUAUAGGUGAUCGUAUUGGUGCUGAUUUAGCUGAUCGUUUAACAGUUAAAAAGUCAUUCGAUAGUCUAGAAUGGCGUCUGCAUAGAUUACAAAAAGCAGCAGAUCAUUUAUUGAAUCAAUGGAAUAAUGAAGGUGAACGUUGUGAACAGUUGAAAAGAGAUAUGCGCAAUUUUGAUUCACAUCUUGAAUCAAUUUCUAAAGACUUGACAUCUUGUUUUGAUCCGACUGUUUCACAGAUUUCUGAGGAUUUAACUAGUAUUUCACAAUCACAUGAUACAAAUGAUACAAAUAGUAUGCGAAUAAUCAUCACACAAGCAACUAAUUGUCUUCAUCAAUUGUGUAAAGCACAGUGUAUUCGUCAUCGUUUAACAAGACUUCGAGAUUAUUCUUUAUGGUUGCAUAGUCGAGCACAUUUAUUAGCUAUAGGGCCAAGUCGUUAUCAUCAUCGGUCUAUGCAUACUAUCACAGAUGAAGAAGGAUCCAAUGUACCAGAUGAAAGUAGAGUCUAUCAUCAACCGUUCACUGCAGCUGUACUCCUUGAAAGUGAAUCUGUUUCAUUAAAUCAUCGUUUAUCUGGUCUUACAGUAAGAUCUACAAAAUCUGUUCAUAUAUUACACACUAAAGUUAAUCAUUUAUUUCUGGAUGCUGCACAAAAUUUUCGUCUUUGGUUAGAUGAUUUACAGUCGAAACGGAAUGAAUCUCAAUCAACCACACUUUCAGUUUAUAUAAUCACCAAGCCAACUGAUAUCAACGAAUCAGUUCAGAUUCUAUCCUUGGAGAUAAUAUCGUCUAAUUUGGAUAAAUUAUAUGCAACUACACAAGAAUUGACUAAGAAGACUCAAGAGGGAGAUUCUAAACUUGAGUACUGA